UAUUACAACAAUAACUGAAAAGAUCAUUUUUUUUGUUCUGAAUGUCGAAGUAGAUCUUAGGGCAAAUGGGGCUGGGGUAUGCGAUCCCUCAUGACUGUGAAAUGUGACCCUUCCUUAUGUGCUCCCGUUCGGGACAGCUUGCCGGCUGAACAGUGUCAGUUGGUUUUGAGGAAUGUGGUCAAGUAUAUAUGGAUAUAUGGCUGGAUAAAGCAGAUCAUGUUUCACUACAUGCUAGUCUACGUGGCAUAUUAUUUCAGCAGAUGGAUACCGAGGAAUCAAAGAUUAAAAUUCCAGCUUGUCAAUGUAAUAUUCAUGGCUCUGGUUCUGGUCCCUCAGUUCUAUGUCAUGGGAAGGCCAAAGUCCUCCAGGUACUGCCAGCAGCCUCUUCUGAAUAACCUCUCAGCCUUCGUAGCCUUGUCCUUUGUUGCAUCAGGCUUCUCAGUGAUAUUCACACUGAUCGAUCCAGUUCCCCAAAGCUUCAGGGCAGCCUACCACGUGUUUGGACUUUUGUCUUUUUCUCAGGGACUGUGUACCACCAUAUUGACACUGACAGCAGCGGCGUGCGCUCACACCACCCCUGAGCUGUACUACCUGUCUGUGAGUCUAACAGCGGCUUGUACCUUCGCCACGGGUAAACUCGCUCCUUCAUACUGUCUAAACUCAGCUCAUACGGUACACAAAGCUCCGGUUCAGACAUGA